AUGCCUUCCUUCCUCUACUCCCAGCUUUUUGUCACACCUCCGCUCCCUUCCAAGUCCUUUGCCGAGCAGGUGGUCAUAAUCACCGGAUCCAAUACUGGUCUUGGUCUAGAAGCCGCCCGCCAUAUCGCCCGCCUCGGCGCCAGCAAGGUCAUCCUAGGCGUGCGCAAUAUCUCCGCCGGCGAAGCAGCCCGUCAAGACAUCGAGUCCUCCACGGGCCGGCACAACGCCGUCGAAGUAUGGCAGCUAGAUCUAUCCGACUAUGACUCCGUGGUGUCUUUUGCCGAGCGCGCACAGAAGCUCCCGCGUCUAGACGCGGUGAUUGAAAACGCCGCCAUAGCCACCCAGAACUUUGAAUCGGCAGGUGGCCAUGAGCGCACGAUUACUGUUAAUGUUAUUUCGACUGUGCUGCUUGGUAUUCUUCUAUUGCCGAAGCUGCGUCAAACGGCUAGGGAUUAUCCUGCCGCUCCCACCCCGCGUCUGUCUGUCGUUGUUAGCGAGGUCCACGCCUGGUCGAAAUUCCCGGAAUGGCAGAGUCCUCGAGGCAUAUUUCCUGCGUUGGAUGAUGAAGAGAAUGCGCGUAUGGGCGAGCGCUAUCCAACCUCUAAACUGGUUGCUAUUCUUGCGCUGCGUGAAUUGGUCUCCCGCAUGAGUGGUGACGGGUCUGUUGUUGUUAACAUGGUGAACCCGGGCUUUUGCCAUUCGCAGCUUGGGAGGAAUGCGAGCGGUUUGACGAGUCUGCAGAUGAAUCUUCUCAAGAUGGUUCUUGCGCGUACUACGGAGGUUGGCAGUCGGACGCUUGUUGCUGGGGGUUCUGCGGGGAAGGAGUCUCAUGGGAUGUAUAUGACGGAUGGAGUUGUUGAGAAUGAUAACCUGUCUGCGUUUGUACGCAGUUCGGAUGGUAUGGCAGCGCAGAAGAGGGUUUGGGAUGAGCUAGCAGCCAUCGUACAGGAGAUCAUGCCGGGUGUCAUGGGAUAUUUGUAA